CACCUACAGAGAUGAGCGGCCAUGAUUCAAAAUACUUCUCCACAACUAAAAAGGGAGAAAUACCGGAGCUCAAAGAGGAGCUGAAUUCUCAGUACAAGGAUAAGAGAAAAGAUGCUGUUAAAAAGGUCAUUGCUGCUAUGACUGUAGGGAAGGAUGUUUCAUCACUUUUCACAGAUGUUGUGAACUGUAUGCAGACAGAAAAUUUGGAACUCAAAAAGCUUGUUUAUUUGUAUCUCAUUAAUUAUGCUAAAAGCCAACCUGACUUGGCAAUACUCGCAGUGAAUACUUUCGUGAAGGAUACACAGGACCCAAAUCCUUUAAUCCGCGCUUUAGCUGUUCGGACGAUGGGAUGUAUACGAGUUGAUAAAAUUACAGAAUAUCUUUGUGAUCCCCUCUAUAGAUGUCUUAAGGAUGAUGAUCCUUAUGUUCGAAAGACAGCAGCUAUAUGUGUUGCUAAACUUUAUGACAUUGAUGCUGAGUUGGUUGAAGAUAGGGGUUUUUUAGAAGGACUCAAGGAUUUGAUAUCUGACAAUAACCCUAUGGUUGUAGCAAAUGCUGUUGCAGCUCUUGCAGAAAUCCAAGAUACCAGCAGUAGACUCAUUCUUGAGGUCACUAGCCCUACACUUACAAAGCUCCUUACAGCUCUAAAUGAAUGCACCGAAUGGGGUCAAGUUUUCAUAUUAGAUUCUCUUUCCAAGUACAAAGCAGCUAAUGCACGUGAAGCUGAAAAUAUUGUAGAGAGAGUUACUCCAAGGUUACAACAUGCAAAUUGUGCGGUAGUUCUUUCAGCUGUUAAGAUGAUCCUUCAACAAAUGGAACUGAUCACUAGUCAUGAUAUGAUUCGAAAUCUAUGCAAGAAAAUGGCUCCUCCGCUUGUAACAUUACUUUCUGCAGAACCUGAGAUUCAAUAUGUUGCCUUAAGGAACAUUAACCUUAUUGUACAAAGGCGACCUACAAUUCUUGCCCAUGAAAUUAAGGUGUUUUUUUGCAAGUACAAUGAUCCGGUAUAUGUGAAGAUGGAAAAGUUAGAGAUCAUGAUAAAGCUUUCUUCAGAUAGAAAUAUUGACCAGGUAUUGUUGGAGUUUAAAGAGUAUGCAACAGAAGUAGAUGUAGAUUUUGUCAGAAAGGCCAUUCGUGCCAUUGGGCGUUGUGCUAUCAAGUUAGAAAGAGCUGCUGAGCGUUGCAUUAGUGUUCUUCUGGAGCUGAUCAAAAUUAAAGUAAACUAUGUAGUUCAAGAAGCUAUCAUUGUCAUUAAAGAUAUUUUUAGAAGAUAUCCUAACACUUAUGAAUCUAUCAUUGCCACACUUUGUGAGAGUUUGGACACUUUGGAUGAGCCAGAAGCAAAGGCAUCAAUGAUUUGGAUAAUUGGCGAAUACGCUGAAAGAAUUGAUAAUGCCGAUGAACUUCUUGAAAGCUUUCUGGAGAGUUUCCCUGAAGAACCUGCACAAGUCCAGUUGCAGUUAUUGACAGCAACAGUCAAACUUUUUCUUAAGAAGCCAACUGAAGGGCCCCAACAGAUGAUUCAGGUUGUUUUGAAUAAUGCAACUUUGGAGACUGACAAUCCAGAUCUACGAGAUCGUGCAUACAUAUAUUGGCGUCUUCUUUCAACUGAUCCUGAGGCUGCUAAAGACGUUGUUUUGGCUGAGAAAUCAGUGGUCAUUGAUGAUUCAAAUCAAUUUGAAUCAUCCCUCCUCGAUGAACUUCUCGCUAAUAUUGCUACAUUGUCCUCUGUGUAUCACAAACCUCCUGAAACAUUUGUAACACGUGUGAGGACCAUUCAAAAAACAGAAGAAGAAGAAUGUCCAGAGGGAAGUGAAAUAGUGCAUUCUGAGACAUCGCUUGCACGUGUCGCUAAUGGUGCACCAUCACUUACUUUAAGCACUUCUCCUUACGAUGUAGCAAAGCAAUCAUAUCCUGCACCUGUUGUCAUGCCGGAUUUACUUGAUCUGGGUCUUGAUGGUGAUGAUAAUAAUGCUAUGGUGCCAGUUGAUCAACCUACAUCACCUAGAGGGCCUCCUCUGCCUGUUUUAUUACCAGCUGAAACUGGUCAAGGUUUACAAAUUAGCGCACAGUUGGUACGGAGAGAUGGUCAGAUAUUUUACAGCUUAAUGUUUGAGAACAACACACAAACUCCACUGGAUGGACAUAUGAUCCAGUUCAACAAGAAUACGUUCGGUCUUGCUGCUGGUGGUCCGCUUCAGAUCCCACAAAUGCAACCAGGAACAACGGAAAAGACCCUUCUUCCUAUGGUUCUGUUCCAGAAUAUGGCACCAGGUCCUCCAAGUUCACUUUUGCAGGUUGCAGUAAAAAACAAUCAACAGCGCGUAUGGUACUUUAAUGACAGAAUCUCAUUGUUUGUAUUGUUCACGGAGGAUGGAAAAAUGGAACGCGGUACCUUCCUUGAGACAUGGAGGUCAUUGCCCGAUUCCAACGAGGUCUCAAAAGACUUCCCCGACAUUGUGAUAAACAGCGUGGAUGCAACCAUAGAGCGGUUGGCUUCUUCAAACAUGUUCUUCAUCGCCAAGCGAAAGAACAAAAACCAAGAGGUUCUAUAUCUAUCUGCUAAAAUCCCAAGAGGUAUUCCUUUCUUAAUUGAACUUACGACACUUCUUGGGUCUCCCGGCCUUAAAUGUGCCAUUAAAACUCCCAGUCCGGAAAUGGCUCCCUUAUUCUUUGAAGCUCUUGAAACUCUCUUCAGGAGUUGAUUUCGGGUUCCCUGUCUUUCCUCUUUUUCUUUGUUUCUUGCCUUCACACCUUUUACAACAACUGCUCAAAUCUAGU